CACACGCUUUCUUUCGAACCUCGAUGUCAGCGCCAUUCCGCCGUCUAGUCGGCCCGCCGUCAUCGCUGGAGUAUAUCCUCCAAUGCGCCUGCCGCGGUCCUGGCCGGCCGUCGAAAGUCAGCCGAAAGGAGCACGCGCGGUGGUUCACCCAAUCCUCGACUGCAUGGUCAGGCCAUUCAAAAUGGGCCACGAUCAAGCAUGACAAAGGCAAGAACGACGCCGCGAAAAGCAAGCAGCGAGCGCUCCUCACCAAGGACAUCUCCAACGCCGUCAAACUAUCCGGACCUGACCCGAACAUGAACUCGCGGCUCGCCCUCGCCAUCUCCACUGCGAAGAAGAGCCAAGUACCCAAAGCAAGCAUUGAAGCCGCCAUCGCGCGCGGUCAAGGCCUUUCCGCGACCGGCGCAGCCCUCGAAUCCGUCGUCCUCGAAGCAAUAUUACCGCCGUCCAUCGCCACCGUAAUAGAAUGUCAGACGGAUAACAAGCUCAGAGCAUUAGCGGACCUGAGAUUAUUGGUGAAGGAGGCGGGCGGAAGCGUAUCGACUGUAGGAUAUAUGUUUGAGAAAAAAGGCCGGGUAGUAUUACAAAAGAAGGAUGGGGUCGGGGUUGACGAGGUCCUGGAGUCUGCCCUCGAAGCCGGAAUUCUGGAUGUGUUGGAAGACGAACAGGGUCGGGUGGUGUUGUACACAGAGCCUGCGGAGACAAAGGCGACUGGCGAAGCGCUCGCCAAGUCACUGGACAUGGAGAUCGAGGAAAGCGAUAUUAUAUACGACCCAAACGAGGACACAAAAGUCACGCUGGAUGAUGAAUCCGCCGCGAAGGAGCUUGGCAGCUUUCUCGACGAGCUGCAGGAAGUGAGCGGGGUGCAGGGCGUGUAUAUGAACUGGUCAAAGGGAGCGAUAGACGACGGUCUGUGGGCGGAUCUGCAGAGUAAAGUGGCCGUGUGAUUCCCCUCCUGUUCGCAUAUAGAUGUAUGAUACAGCAUUGUACAAUGUACAUAACCCCAGUGGCACUAUUCCCCACCGAAACGCCUUCCAUGCUGAGUUGCGAUAUAUCGGUGUGACGUCCGACAGCUUCCAAGAUGAGGUGAUCUCCGCCGCGCAAACGUCUGUCGCUGUCUCUUUAUUGAU